CCUAAAUAAAGAUGGAGGUCUUAAUUACUUUGAGUGUAUUUCUUUUUUGAAUAGAAGCCUGUACGCCAGUAGACAGUAAAACAGUGUCAUAUUAUAUACAGAGGAACAUAAACCGGGCGUUAGAUUUUCAUUUUGAAAAGUAAUACGUGAUUAUAUAAGAAGUCGAGAGACACUCAGAAAUCAUUCACAAGUCUUGUAGUGUUCUGCUGAUAUUUCUACCUUAGAAUUGUCAGCAAGAUGAAACUGCAAGGAGCUGGUUGUGUCGUUGCUGCCGUACUCGGUGCCCUGUUUAUUGUCAACGUUGAGAGUCACUUCCAUAAGCCUGAGCUUCAGCUGUGUAAAGCUUUUGGUGAACCCUGUAUCAGCUAUGAUGUCAGGUCUACAAUAGGCCCACGUUGUUGGUUUAAGUUGGAGUUCCCAAGAGAAAAAUGUUGUAACGAAAACGGAAAACGCCAGUCACCAAUUGAUAUCCCCGAUGUUAAGAGUAUCUACAAGGUUCCACAAAAGCUCAGAUAUUCUAGUCGCAAAUUUGUUGGCCAUUUGGAAAAUACCGGAAUUCAGCCUGCAUUUAAGAGAAAGGUGGGCGCCGAUAAGGUCUAUUUGGAAGGAAUUGGAAGUCCAGUGGGUAAACGAUAUUUUAUCGAGAAUGUCCAUUUCCAUGUUGGUGUCAGGCAUAAAGAAAGACAGACUGAAAAUACAUUGAAUGGUAGAUCUUUUGAUGGCGAGGCCCACAUUGUUCACAUACGAGAGGAUUUCGGGGAUUUAAAAGAAGCCGCCAAUCACCCACAAGGUCUCCUCGUCAUCUCUAUUUUCUUAUCGACUUCCAAGGGAGAAAGGAGAAGAGACGGCUUUGAUGAUCUGAUCGAAAUGAUCCAGGAUGUCCAGGAAUUCGAAGAAGAGGACGGUCCAUGUGCCAAUGUCAAGAUACCUGAUAUCUUCAAAUUUAAACAGUUAAUUCCAUUCCACCCUGUUUGGCCAAUCUGCAAAAAGACUUUUCCCGUUGCCGAUGAUUCGGAUAACAGCGGAUCUGGUGUUGUAUGCAACUUUUAUUUACCUAAUGGACUAUGCGGUGAAAAAAAAGAAUCCAAAAUCAACCCAAAUGAGUUACUGGCCGAUGACCCUGAAUAUUAUGUUUUCAACGGCGGUCUUACCACUCCACCUUGCUCAGAAUCUGUUCUCUGGUUGGUUGCCAAGCAACCACGCAAAGUAUCAGUCUUCUAUCCUUAUGUAGUAAGAAAUAUGGAGACUCAGAGAGAGGGUGAGAUCAUCGGAGACUUCGGUAACCUUCGUCCACUACAAGACUUAAAUGACAGACCAGUUUUCCUGGUGAGAUUUCGUUUGAAACGCAAUUGGGAGCAUGGUGACACUGCUGCCAACGAUAAUGAUGCAAUGGACAGUCCAUUUUCUGUACUGGGCAUUAAUUAAAUGUUUCUUCUAAUUGUUGAAACAUAAAUGUA